GGUGUCUUCCCUUGCACCCCCAGGUUCCGGGGGUGGGGGGCACCCCAUGGCGAUGCGGGGGGGCUCGGUGCUGGAGCCGGGCUGGCUCCUCUCCCCCGCCGGCCGCCCCUACCUGGACUCCAUCCUCCAGAAGAACCAGCGCAGAGUGUUUGGUCUGCUGGAGCACCCGGUGCUGCCCCCCACCUUGGCCGCCCCCACCGUCACCUACAAACUCUUCCUCUCGGGCAAGAGCGGGGUGGGGAAGACCACCUUGGUGGCCACGCUGGCCGGGACCCCCGUGCCCCCCGUCCACCACGAGACCCUGGGCAUAGAGGCCACCACCGUCUACUGGCCGGCCAAGCUGCAGGCCACCGGCCGCCCCGUCAUCUUCCAGCUCCAUUUUUGGGAUUGUGGGGAUGGCGCCCUGAAAAAAUUCGAGCAUCUCCUGCCCUCUUGUAAGGAGGAAGCGGAUGCCAUCCUCUUCCUCUUCUCCUUCACCGACCGCUCGUCCUUCGAGGAGCUGCCGGCCCAGAUGAGCCGGGUCGUCGGUCCCGACGAAGAAAACCUCGUUAGGGUGGUCGUCGGCACCAAUACCUUGGUAGGCUGAGAACAUGCACACUUCGUUACACCGAUGGAUUUUUCCACUUCCACCUAUUUCCUCAGGGUUUUGCCCCCCCCUACUCCUGCCCCAGGGGUGAUUUCUCAGGAUGUUGGUGUCUCCUUUGACUGUGUCCCCCCCCCAACAAGUCGAUUUGCACCCCCUUAUUUCUCGCCAGGCAAUACCUUGGUAGGCUGAGAACAUUCACACUUCAUUACACCGAUGGAUUUUUCCACUUCCACCUAUUUCUUCAGGGUUUUGCCCCCCCACCACCACC